AUGGCGGAAAAGUCUGAGCAGAAAUAUUUUACAUCUGAUGAAGUUUUACAAAAUAUAUUGGCUGAUGAGGCCGAUUUAUCAGAUAAUGAAGAUGCACAGGUCAUCACAACUAAUCCGGCCGAAGCAAUUGAUUCUGCUGUGCGAGAGUUAUGGUCCCUACGCAAUCAAACGGCAAAUUUUGUUGCUUUUGAGGAGGAGUCAACUCGAUCACUCACUUCCCUCUUUGAUAAAUGGGAAAAACAUCGAGUGAUCCAAGAGCGAAUCUUAAGCUCUACUAUUAUUGCUGGUUCACUCAUUGCUGAGGAAGUAUGCGAGUGGUUAAAAAUCAUUCGUAGGCGUUUAUCACCCAGGAUGAAGGCUCGAAAUGCUUGGACGGUUGAGCUUACAAGGUACUUGUCAUGGAGUUUGUUUUCACUAAUGAAGGAAGUCGUAUUGAAAUCAAGCACAUCGUUUGGCAUUAUGCUUCAGCAGAGUGAAAAGGAAGUUGUUAUUACAUUUACUAAUAUUGGUCGUGUGUUGCGAGAUUUUGAAACCUUUUCAAGAGUUGCUCGUUCAGAGAUUUCAUCCUAUUAUUUUUCAAAGACUUGUAGAGGCAAAUCUAAGGGUAAAAUUGCUGUUCUGGUAACUGAAGAAAAGCCAUUACAGAUCAAGUACAUUAAAAGGAAAAGUGAGAUAAUUUUCAAGUGCCAUUACUCAUUCGAGAAUGAAUUUGGUUAUGUUUUCAGCUAGGCCAGUUUAGCACCCAACAGUGAUGAAUGCUCUACUGUGUUGUACAGUGACAAUGUAGAUAUAUUUUUUGUGUUGAACAGAUAAACAGCCUAUGCAGUGAUUUUUAAAGUUUAAGCCGUUGAUUAUGCAUUGCGAUUGGAUUAUGCUGGUACUGCUGGUAUUAUAUCAUAUCACAUAUGUGUUGGAAUGUAACAUGUUGUAGAAACUGAUGCAAGCACAUACAGUCAG